UCCACAACAGAUGCCCUGCCUCUGAUCCCAGGAUGUCUGUGUGAGGCAGCCUUAGGGUGGAUGUUCAGGCCACUCUUACCCAGCUUUCCUUCGCCCACCUGGGCACUUAGGGAUCAUUUGAGAAUUCCAGCGUUUCCACUGCUUUGGGGUUGUGAUGUCUUAUUCAUCCUGCCCCCCAACUCUCUCCUCAGGUGGCAGCGCCAAGGGGACAGAGGAUCCAUUCCACUAUGACUACGAGACUGUCCGCAAAGGGGGCCUGAUCUUCGCGGGCCUGGCCUUCGUUGUGGGGCUCCUCAUCCUCCUCAGCAAAAGAUUCCGCUGUGGGGGCAAUAAGAGGCACAGGCAGGUCAAUGAGGAUGAGCUGUGACAACAGAGCCACCAGUGCCCACCAGCGCAUGGGCACUAAAGAUGCCCAUCUUCCCCGCUGCACUCCACUGUCCCGACACAGCCAGCACACAGGCGGAAGGAUGUGCCAGGCUCGCUAUGACCCCCCAUGGUCAUCCACUCAUGCCUCUUGACCCUUAACUUCCUUCCUCCCCUCCCCAGCUCCUCUCACACCCCUCUUCCUGUUCCAAGUUGGGGUACAUGUGC